AGACGACAGUAUCUCCUGAAGGAAAGGAACAUUUUAUUGCAAAUCGCUUUUUAAUGGCGCAAAAUGACCGGAGUUUAAGUAGAAGCGGGACUAUUUUCCGCGUCCAAGAAAGUACUUAGCAGUGAGCACCGGCGGAGUUUUCGGUUUCUGCAUGCCAAAAAGAGGAGAAAAGCCUCAUAUGCAGGAGAAAAGGGGCUUCAUGCAGAGUCAGGAAAUAAGUAGGCUGCAUGCAUGAAUCCGGGUUUAAUCGGGGGUUGCAGCAUCACACCGAUUUGUUUCUCUCCUCUUGUUUCUGCGAACACCACCGGGAUGCGCUGGUCAUCCGGAGGCGGCUGCUAAAUAUCCAUGAGCCCGGUCAGGGAUCCUCUCCUCGGCUGGAGAAGUGCCAGCAGGUCGGGCCAUGGUCGGCUGUAGGAGCCAUGUCGUAAGGAACUUUAAAGGAAUAACCUGCACAUUAUUACACUCUUCGGGAUUGAACACAAUGCACAGGCCCGGUGGGGCUCCGAGGGUCGGAUCGUUCCCAUCGCCGCAAUGAUGGCCCCGCUGGUCCGGCGCGCUACGAGCCCCGCGAUGGCUCCCUGCAACUGAACCCGAGGGACUCCUGGAUGUCCUGUCUCCCUUUGGAGGGGUGAGAUAGAGGCACACACACUGACCUCCCCUUGUGGCCGCCGCCAAACACCCCCCUGGCUAUGGAUAAACUCACCAUAAUCUCAGGAUGUCUCUUCCUAGCUGCAGACAUCUUCGCCAUCGCCAGCAUCGCCAACCCGGACUGGAUCAACACCGGGGAAUCAGCUGGCUCCCUGACAGUGGGUCUGGUCCGACAGUGCCAGACCAUCCACGGGCGGGACCGGACCUGCAUCCCCCCACAGCUCCCCCCCGAGUGGGUCACCACGCUCUUCUUCAUCGUCCUGGGCAUCAUCUCCCUCACCGUCACCUGCGGCCUGCUGGUGAUGUCACACUGGCGCCGCGAGGCCACCCGAUACGCCCGCUGGAUCGCCUUCACCGGGAUGGUCCUGUUUUGUAUGGCGGCUCUCAUAUUCCCCAUAGGAUUCUACAUUAACGAGGUAGGCGGACAGCCAUAUAAGCUCCCCAACAACACGGUGGUGGGAUCCUCCUAUGUACUCUUUGUCCUGUCCAUAUUCUUCACCAUAGUAGGACUGCUGUUUGCCGGUAAGGUGUGCUUGCCUGGCUGACAUAUCCACUGCCCCCCCCUUCCCCUCACGCUGUCCAAAUUUUUUUAUUCUUGGAGAAGCCUCCCCAGUGGGGGCGUUUACUAGUAUGGACUUCACCAUGGGGACGCAUUGCCAAAGUACGAUGAGGAAAUACGGAAGCAUCGUCCACAUAACCGAAGCCCAAGCCGGCAGAGCACCCGUGGCUACUUUUUUUUUUUUUUAUCCGAGAGACAGGGUCGAUGUUUGGAUUUCCGUCCCUUAUCUGCAUCCGUCCCCAUCGGUGAGCGGCGAGGGGGCGAGGAUGGAAGACGAUAUGAGGACGAGCGCGAAAACAUCGGGACUCUGAAAAGACACCCUGCGAUGUCGUCCCGUCAUCUCAAAGACGCUGUGCAAACACAAGCCCCUCGCCCCUUCUCACCCCAGCCAUUUAUCUGUUCACACUGAGGUAGACUGAUAUCAGCCUUUUACUAAAUAUCAGAUAUCGGCAGGUCAUGUCGCCCAUCUUAAACGCGGAGAUUCCCCCUUGACCACUGCUACAUGGACUAUAAAACCUGCAAUGACAUUUUCUCUGCACAUUUUAUUUAUUCUUCUAAUUGUUCAGUUGUUGGUUUGUUUGUUUUUUUGUGAAUUAACUCUUCAUUUAAAGGCCAAAUGUAUGUCAGAGUUAUUGAAUAGGUGCGGUGGGUCACCCUGCCUUAAACAGCUGCUAACCCUAAAAUAACAGCAUUUUUCCUGGGUUUCAGUGGAGCGUUCUCGUGUCCCGUGAUGGUGUCGAUGUUGUUAAAGGCAGCACUGUACUUGGAAAGACAUGAGAAAAAUCGCAGAGGCGCAUUGGCAGACAUGUCUGAAAACAGCGCUGCCCCCUGCCAGUGUAGAGCAGUAAGAAGUCCACGUCUUUCACAGAGGAGAGAGAGAUGCACAUUUGGUUAGGACCCAGAGAGGAAGGUUACCUCUGUGUCACACAGCUCUCACCCGCAUCCAGGCAACUCCGUCCCAAACACACUCACAGAACUGAUUCUCAAAGAGACAGAGAAAAGUGUGAGUUUAAUCCUAAGUCUACAGGACAACACCACACAGACUUUAUUUUGCAGGACAGUUGAUGAAACUAAAUCAAACGUUUAGGAAAAUCAUGUAAUACCUGCACUUUUUGACAGACAUGCAUGGUACAAUAUAUAAAAUUAAAACUCUUAUGGAAGGAAAUUCAACAGAAUUUGGACCAGUCACAGACUUAGGGAGCUCACAGAGCUACAAGUUUUGUUUCUUAUCAAGUAUACUGCUGCCUUUAAGCUUUUCCACCCAGACAAGAGAAACAUUCUGGGGGAAAUGCUGAACAUGUUUUUUUUUCUGGCAUGAAAAAGGUCCAAAUUUGGUAUAUAUUUAAUAUCACAUCAUGAUAAUUCAGUUUAAAAAUCCUGGGAUUGGUGUCGACCAUCAAAAACUCAUCAGCUGAACAUUAGUUUGUCAGUAAAUGGAAAGAUGUAGCCAUACAGGUUGAUGGAUUUCUUGCAGGAUGAGGAGCUGGUCUCUAAACGCCGUUCAGACUUUCAACAUGUUGGACCAUGAAGCAGAACAAAUGAGCGACAUCCAGGACUGAAACGUGGUCUGAUAGCUGUGUUGCAGCUUUGUUAAUUUGAGCAAAGUCAUGAAUGUAUUAAUUCACCCUCCACUGAGCUUUGUUUCCUUGUGUUUCAUGCACUGUAUCGAGAAAUGAACCGAAUCUCUGACUGGUUUGUUUUGUAUCGUUUUGGCUUUCCGUUGCCUACUUUGUUCCUGCAUAAACUACCAGGCAAAGGCGGUCUGUGUCAUUUCUGGAAGCACUGUGAUUUUCAUGAAUGAGCAUGGAAGAUCUCGUCUCAUUAAAAUAUGGCUCACUUAAGCACUGAC